AUGAUGUUGAAAUUUUUGUUUAUUUUAAUAUUAAUUAAUAUUACAACAUGUGAUAUACAUAUAAAAGAAAAUUACUUUAUAAACACUGCAUUUAAAUAUACUUCUGAUUUCUUUGAAAAAUUGAAGUUAGACUAUGCAUCAAAAGAUUUUAAUAAUAAUACAUUGUCUAAAAUUAAUAAAAAAAUUAUGGAAUACAUUAAAAAUGCAGCGAAAAUUUCUUUUCGUUAUAAAAGAGAAUUAUAUGAAAAUUCUGAAAGAGAUAAUAUUAAUAUACUUAAUGGAUUUCAAGACAUCAAUAAAUUAAAUUUUGAAGAUGUUCAAGAUAUAAAUUUUUUUUCUUUUCAAUAUGAAUUUGAAACAAUGUGGUUUGUUGUAAUUUUGGAUACUUCCAAAUUAUCUUUAUAUCAAAUAAAUAAUGGAAGUUUUUACAACAUUAGUGAUUAUUUUGUACGAAAUGGAACACAAAUAAUUGUAAACAGUUGUACUUAUGGAGCCCUUUUUAUAAUUCAAAAUCAAAAUGGACCAGUACUUAUAUUAAGUUUCACUAAAAUUUUAGAUAAAUAUUAUCUGCAACAAAUUCAGGAUUUUGAAUUAAAUAAUACGACGCAUUUAUCGAUAUGGAAUGGAAUUAAUCAAUUACACUUAGCCAUUGUUUCUCAUUCAAAUAUUUCAAUUUAUACUUGGUUUAAUAAUUACUUUGAUCUAAUACAGAUCAUUAAUAUUAGUACAAAAAAAAUAAUUCCUUUUCAAAGUAAAGGAUUUAUGUAUUUAGCAGUAACUGGGUCUACUACAUUGAUUUUUAAAUAUUUUCUAAAAUCUAAUAAAUUUUUAAUUAUACAAAGAUUACCACCAAGUCAGGAUGUGUCUUAUUUUCAAUUAAAUAAACAGCAUUUCAUGGAAUAUUUUUUAAUUUUAUCAAUGAAAUCUUCUAUUAUUAUUUAUAAAGAAUUACAUAAUCGUUUUGUACCAUUUCAACAAAUUUCUUUUAGUAAGAUUAUUGUACCAAUUAUUUCAAGUAAAGCUAUUGUAGUCUUAACUUUACAUAAAAACACCAUAAUAGCUUAUCAAUAUGAUGGUUGGAAAUUUAUAAAAAUAAAUACAAAAUUAUCUGGAAUUAUUCAAUAUAAUCUAAUAAUAUUAUAUGAAAAAGAAUUACUAUUAAUUAAAAAUAAAAAUAAUAAAUGGACAUUAAAACAACUACUUUGGAUUAAAAAAAAAUCUUACAAAGAUUUACGAGAAGAAAUAAAAAUAUGGAAUAUCAAUGUCAAGAACAAACUUCAAAAAAUAACAGAAGAAAUUCCAAAUUUUAAGUUAAAUUUUAAAAUUUUGAAGAGUCAUAUUGAUCAACUGCAAGUUCAUAAUAUAAAUGAUUAUAACUUACAAACAUUGAAAAAUGUAUCAAAACAGUACAAUAGAUUAAUCAAUAAAUUUCAAGCACAAAAAAUUAUUAUCAAUAAUAAAUGGCAGUCUAAAAAUUUAAUUGCUACUUCAUUGCAUGCAAAAAAAAUUCAAAUAAAAUGUAAAACGAAUUGUAAAUUCAAUCGAUUAUAUGUAAAAGAAAAUCACAAUUUCCUAUUUAAAUUAAUAGUAUCAAAAAAUAAAAACCAACUAUCGGAUUUUAAAGAAUUAAAUAUCAAAGAAAUAAAAAAUUGGAAAUGUCCACUUUUAAGUCUUGCAAUAAAAGAUAUUAUUAUUCAUAAGAUGAUUAAUGGAAUAUCUUUAAAUUAUUUACAAAAAAAUGCUCUGAAAAUAAUUAAUGAUCAAGAAGUCUUUGGAAAGCAUAUUUUUAUUAAUAUGAAAGCAAUAAAUGUUUCUAUGCCAUUAAAUAUUGCUACUUAUUUUACAAAUCAAGAAAUAAGAUUAAAAGAAAUAAAAGUUAAACAAUUAAAUUUAACAACUGGUGGAAUUUUAUUACCAUUAAAUAGCUUAUCCACAACAGUUAUUAAUUUCAUCAAAACACCUCAAUUAAAAAUAAAGAAUAACAUUUCUUUAAAAGGGAAACAAACUGGGAAAGGAUCAAUGAGAUUAGGACCUGUAAUAGAUAUUACUAAAUCCAUGAAUUUGUAUAAUAAUUUCAAUUUAGAAAAUGUUAAAAUUGAGAAUUUAAAAUCCAUAGAUUUAAUUACCAAAACAGGAUCAAUCAAAAAUAUUUUAUCAAAUGCAAUAACUUUAUAUGAGAAUGUACCAAUAUCUUUAAUUCUUUCAAGUGAAAAAAUGAAAUGGAGCAAUAUUACAUUACAUAAGCCUAAAAAAUGGAUUACUGUGAAUUUUCAAAAUAUCAUUAUAUCAGGAAAAAAACAUAUUUAUCAUAAUGUACAGAUAACAAAGUUUUCUUAUGACAAUUUAAAAUUUUCACUGAAUAAGGAUUUAUUCUUAAAGGAUUCAAAAUUAUGUGCCACUUUUAUUUUUGCACCAAAAAUUAGAACUUUAUUUUUAACAGGGAAUAAUAUUACUGUACAAAAAUUAAUCAGUUCGCACGUUUUUGGAAAUAUAGGUCUAUAUUCUAUUAAUAAUUCAACAGUUUCUUUCAACUCUGUUUUAUCUGAAAAGAAAUACUGUCAUAAUAUCAUUGCAAAAAAUAUAUUUGCAUUACAGCUGAAUAAUUUAAAUUUAACAGAUUUGAAAAGACUUAUAAAUAUAUGGAUUGAACCUAGUUUUCUUAAUACUUCAAUAAAUACAAUUAACUUGAUAACAAAUAUUCUUCGAUCACCUUUUCAAUUUUAUAUAAAAUUGCCUAAAAUAAUAAAAAAUAUAAUAUUUGAACAAAAUGUUCUUGUAAAUAAUAUUAAUGGAAUAAAUUUCAGCAAUUUCUUGUUGAAUACUAUAAAAUUUAAUGAUAUGGUAUCUCUGCAAAAUAUAACAUUUCGUAAUGGUAUCAGUACGAAUGAUAUAUAUGUUUCUCAUCUUCCAUUCAAUUUGACAAAUACAAAAAAAGAUCUUAAUCUUUAUAAAAAAAGAAUUUCUGGAAGCAUAAAAGUAAAUGCAAUAAAUUUACCAUAUGUUUUUAAAAUCCUUGAAAACAAAACUCUAGUUGAUAUUUCCAUUAUGGGAUCUGUAAAAUUUUGUUAUGAACCAACCAUAAAAAAUAUAAAUGAUAUCAAAUUAAAAAAAUUAUCUUCAGAAAUUUGGAUGGUAACAAACACUAUAACAAUAUUUCACGGAAAAAAUAUGCAUUUUCAUGAUAUAAUGAUAAAAAAAUAUGUUGCUUUAAAUAAUUUAACAAAUACAUUAAGUUUCAAAAUGUGGAACAAUAGUUUGAAAUCUAUUUUAAGUAAAACAAAGUUACAGGAAAUAGAAUUUCCUGCAUCUUUUAAUGAUAUCAAAAUUUCUAACAUUAUAAGUUCAAAUAUUUCAAUUAUACAAUCUUCAUUAUCAGAUUUCAAUAAUAUAUUUGAAAAUUCUUUGCUAAAAAAUAAAGAUCAAGAAGUGAAGACAAAAUGGAUAUUUAAUAAAUUAAAAAUUUCAGGAAACUUAUAUAUAAAGCAAACAAUUAAUAAUCUAUAUUUUAAAAGUGAUGUUAUGAAACAUAAUUCCAAAGAAAAUAUUGUAACUGGAAAAAAAAAAGUUUUAACUUUGAUAGUUGAGAACUUAAAUGGUUACAAUUUUAAUAAAUGGACAACUAAUGCUUUAAUGCGAAUAAAAAAAGAUAUAAUUAUCAAAGGACGAAAAAAAUUUAGUAUUGUUACAUUCAACAAUAUAAAAAUGUCUAAAACUAUAAUGGGCUAUGCUAUAGAUAAGGUAUUAAGAAAAUCUACAAAUCAAAUAAUCUAUAGCCAAAAAACAAUUCAAGGUUUUAUCAGUGCAUCUGAGUUUAUUAUUAAUGGCUUAAUAAAUGAUGUAAAUUUGACUAAACUAGUACAUCAUCAAUUAAAAAAAAAUAAUCCUCUUCAAACAAUUAGAACAGGAAUUGAGUUACAUAAUAGCUUAAAUAUUAUUGGAAAUCUUACAAUCAAAGGUGCUUAUGAAAAGUCAGAAAUGAAAAUUUUUGACAAAAAUUAUUCAAAUGCCCAAACCAUUAUUAAGAGGAUAAAAAAAUUUAUAAGAACUGCAGAAAUAAUUAAUAUAGCUUUACAAAAUCGAGCAAUUUAUAUAAAUAAAUUGGAGAUUAUAAAUGACACUAUCAAUGCUUUUAAUAAAUCUAUGAUCAUUCAAUAUAAUACAGUACAAUGUAAUUCUAAAAAGUUUUCUUCAUAUUGUAUCAGUAAAUAUGCAAAGGAAUUUAUUUUUCAAACAAAUAUCAGCAAUUUUAUAUUGCUACAAUCAAUAAUGAUGGACGAAAAAGAAUUCAUUAUCCUUGUAAAAUUUAAUUCUAUAUCAAUAUAUUCAUUUAUUAACAUAGGAAAUAAUUUUGUUCAUUUAAAAGAUUUAUAUUUUCCCAACAUAAUGGAUGCGUUUGUGGAACAAAAAUGGCAUGGAUUUGGAUUAUGGAUUAUCUUGCGAUUGAUCUCACAGACUCUAGUAUUACUUUAUCAACCAUGGGGAAAUAUACAACAAUAUAUUUUGCCUGUUACGGACGUAUUUUUAAUAAAUAGAUCUCCGAAUAAUCAACUUUUGUUACUACUAUCAAAUGGUAUAUGGGAUCUUGAAGGAUUAGCUAGUCCUCGUAAUAUUAUUGAGAUUCCCCUCAAAGGAAGAAUAGAAACUGUUGCUGAUAAAUUCAAUUAUUAUGUAAAGUGUAUUUCAAGAAAUGAAACAGCUUUGAUGAAAGCUCGAUAUAUAUGAAAUUAAAGAUUGUUAAAUUAAUUCAUUAUAACUUUGUAAACACAAUUGAAAAAUUUUAAUGAAAACUUAUUGUUAAUUAUUAAA